AUGAAGCUGAUUUUGGAAAAGCUGCCCGAUCUUAUAAAAGAUGUUGAUAAAUUUGGGUGGACUGCACUUCAUUAUGCUGCCAAAUUUAAUCAUCAGGAAAUUGCAAGACUAUUACUGUCUGCUGAUCGGUUUACUGCCUAUGUUGCUGCCAAGAAUGAUGACUCCAAGACUGCUCUACAUAUUGCGGUAAUUCAUGGACAUGUAGUUUUGGUGCAAGAGAUUUUAUCCCACUGCCCAGAUUGUUGGGUUCAGAUUGCGGGCAAAAGUCAGAAUAUCCUUCACCUAGCUGUAAAGCAUGAAAAAGGAGAAGUCUUGGAGUUUGUUUUGCCAAAUUCUUGGGCUUCAGGCUCAUUAACCAAAAGGAUAAUGAUGGAAACAGCCCUCUCCACCUAUGAGUUGGAGCAAGCGGGCGGCACUCGAGGUUAUCAAAAUGUUGCUACCGUAAAGAACAUACAAGCAUCUAAAGCUGAUGAAGUAGAAAGAGUGGAAAGAUUGGCUGGGCAUUAUUUGAUUGUGGCUACACAGAUUGCAACAGUCACUUUUGCAGCUGGUUUUACAGUUCCAGGUGGAUACUACAGUGACGGUCCACACAAAGGCAUGGCAGUUCUAGGCAAGAAAGCAGCCUUUAUUACAUUUGUUAUUUCAGAUUCCUUGGCAAUGAUUGCCUCCAUAGGUGCAGUGCUUGAACAUCUCAAGCUCGUGCAGUCAAAAAAUUACAGGUUUAAGUUGUUUGUUGUCCGGAGAAUUCGGAUGACAAUGUUUCAGCCUGUGAUAUUAAUGAUCAUGGCAUUUCUCACUGGCUUGUACGCAGUGCUACAAAAUUUCGCCGUCAUGAUCGUGCCGUGCGUCCUCUCUGCUUGGCUUUCCGUUGACAUAUGCUGGACCUUUUGCCGAAGACGCGAGGUCAGGGAAAGGGCCUAUACUGCUGGAUUUAAGGAUAGCGAAGCUGACCAUUUCGCAUUUAUAGGUCCAUUUAUACUACCGCUAGAUUUGACGAAGCCGAGGACUUUGUUGUGUUAA